GUUUUUAGUCGCUGGUAAAUUUUGGAGAGUAUUUGAACUAGGUAGCCACGAUUUCAUUACGUCUUUGAUUGAGGAUGAAAUCGGCCUUGAUUAUCUUGGAGGAUUUUUGCUUGGAUUCUACAUUUGUGUUCUUAGGGCAUAGUUUCUGCUCAUACAUUUCGGCAGUGAAUUCGGUUUCUUGAUGUUUAAGAGAUCAGAGUAUUGUGCAAGAAGACGUUUUAAACUAAAGAAACACUGUCUGCAUGGCUUUUGUGUGUAAUUUAUGAAAAGCUGAUUAGCAAUCGAGUCGGGGAAAUUGGAAACUGCAUCAUUAUUAGAAACAUUACCAUGAUAAAACUGGUGAUUGGUGCGUAAAUUCGAUGAAUAAUGGGAUCCUUGAGAGCACCAUGGACAUGGUUUAUGCAACACUGGAAAUGUCGAGCGCUUGGACAAAUAUGAGCUUGGCAAUCAUACAUAGGGAUUUAGAGAGGGAGUGGGAGAAUCAUUUUGGAGUUAUGAGUAUAAUUUUUUGUUAUUGGAGAUUCUUGCUCACUCUCAGAAGAUCUAUACAUCUGCUAAAAUUCUGGAGAGGAUGAGGAGUUCAAAUUUUAAUUCAAUAUAAUUAUUGCUUUGGAGCAUCUUGGAGCAAAUGAGCAAUGGAGCUUGUGGAGCACGGCUCACCUCGAGGAUUGCUCUCUUGAAAAUUUGCAGCAGCCAAUCUUUUGGUCUCAAAUAUGAGUGGACGAUUUUCUCGCACAAUUUAUGUCGGCAACCUACCCUCAGAUAUAAGAGAACGGGAGGUUGAAGAUUUAUUCUACAAGUAUGGCCGCAUUUUGGAUAUUGAAUUGAAGGUUCCACCUCGCCCUCCAUGCUAUAGUUUUGUUGAGUUUGAGAGUUCUCGGGAUGCAGAAGAUGCAAUUAGGGGUCGUGAUGGGUACAACUUUGAUGGCUGUCGUUUAAGGGUUGAGCUUGCCCAUGGUGGUAGUAGGGGCCCGCCACCUAGUGAUCGUCGUGGUGGAUAUGGUGGAGGCAGUAGCAGCAGAGGAGGCAGCAGUGGGGGUCGAUUUGGUGUCUCACGUCAUUCUGAAUUUCGAGUUAUUGUUCGUGGCCUCCCUUCUUCUGCUUCAUGGCAAGAUUUGAAGGAUCAUAUGCGAAAAGCUGGUGAUGUGUGUUUUGCCGAGGUUUGUCGUGACAGUGAAGGGACUUAUGGCUUGGUUGAUUAUAACAAUUAUGAUGACAUGAAAUAUGCUGUUCGGGAACUUCAUGAUACUGAAUUUAAAAAUCCUUGGGCAAGAUCUUAUAUUCGGGUUAAAGUGUAUGAAAGCAGCAGUCCCUCUAGGAGUCGGAGCAGAAGCCGUAGCAGAAGCCGUAGUGUAAGAAGGAAUAAGAGCAAUUCUUUGGAGCGAUCUGUUUCUAGAUCAGUUUCAAGAUCUAGGUCUGCAUCUCCGGUCAAACCUUCCAGGCCAAGAUCAAUGUCAAGAUCAAGGUCAGGGUCUCCCCGCCCGGCGCGGUCAGAUAGUGCUUGAUCCUCCUGGCAAGUCAUCCUUCCAAGGCGUAUGGGUGUUAGGUGCAAGAAUUCAAAUAUCUGAGGGGACUUGUUGAAAAUAUUAUUUUUGUUUAGAACAUUCAUUGGCUUUGGAUUAUGGCUGCUAUUGUGUGUUUAUUUGUCCAGAAAAGAGCGAUAAUGUCUAGUGAUUUUAAUUUGCCCAUGAACGGGUAAGACACUAUCGGGGGUGUAUUUUAGUAUUAGUUAGUUUUGUGGACUUGUUGCGUAAGAUUGACUUGAAUAAAUAAGAGCUAUUCACUGGACAUCAUGUGAAUUUGCGACUGUAUCGUUUUAUCAUUCAUUUUAUAAUCUUGGGACC